GAGAUUUUGUGGGAACGAUUCAGUCUCUUUUUGUCGUUUAAGCAGGUCUUUAAAUAAUAAUUUCUUAACUAGAAAUCACAUGCCCACGUGAAAUCAUGUAAAGUUAUAUUUACUUUGUAGCAUCUUUCUUUGAAAUCCCAGCAGACGUUUUAUAGAAAAAGUUCUCUUAACACUAAACUCAUAUGAAUGUUGUUUGAAAUAACUAUGAGCUUUUACAGCUCUUACUACAUUUUACUCCUUAUUUAAAUACAUUUCUUAAUAAGUUUCCUAUUUUUUCCUUUUAAAAAUAUAUUACUGAAAACAAAGGCUAUUUCAAAGUGUGCAUAAAAGGGAAUGGCAGAAUUAAUAGUUGUUUUUUUGUGGCCCAGUCAUAGGAUGAACUCUGCCAGAAAUCUUAGGAACUGACCUUCAAGCAAAAACUAAGCUCAACAGACGAUUUCCAAGAAAAAUACAAAAGCCAUGGCGAGUUCCUCGGACCGUUCUCUAAUGAUUUCCUGCUUAGGAUACUGGGGCUCACCCAUAAACCCAAAUAUACUGCCUCUUCCCAAGAGCUGUCUCCCUGCCAAUGAUUAAUGUGCCGAUCCUUGUCCGUCGAUGCGGCGAGAAUUAUGUAUUUGGGUUAAUGUUACACCGCAGCAGUGCACUGGCACUGGCAUUGCUUUAAUUUUGUUUUAACACAAAAAUUGCCAAGUACCAGUAUUUAUUUGAUGUGCGCAAUGCAACGAUCGGAGCUGCGACUACUUGGACGGCAAUUUCCUUCCGUCGUGGAGCUGCGCAUCUUGAUCGCCGGGUUCUCAGGCCGUGGCCAGAAAAAAAACUGGAAUCCCAGUGCUGUUGGCUAUUUCAAAAUCUAACUGUUAACUGCAAAAGUUGAACGUACUGGCAGCAUGCAACAUGCAACGGCUGCACCCACGGCAGCAGCAACAUCAACGGCAACGUUACACUGAAGAAAUAGCUAACAUCAUCAAGCAAUUACAAAUAAUAAUAUAUUUGAAGAUGCUUUAGCAACUAAUUAUUAAUUAAUGGGUCUAACAGUUUUAGGAUUUCACAAAGAUCUGCAUUUCUUUAAAUUAAGGAAAAAAUAGUUGAAAAAUAUGGUUAACAAAAAUGAAUUGAAUGACUGAAUGUAAUGAAAAAACCUUUAAAUGUAACAAAAGAAAACUUAAAUCUUUUUUUCAACACCUUCAGAGCUAUCCGGAUACUGUUCAAAUGAUAUCAAAUGAGAUGUAAAAAUAAGUUUGAUCAAGAUGGAAAACGCCUUUAUUUUCUCAGUGCAUGCAACUGCAACAGAGCGGCCAGCGAAACGAGUUGAAAGCCGUUUUCCCUGUUUGCCUGGCUGGCACUCUUGAAAGUGGUUUGUUGUCUAACUGCGUUAGUUUCUGCUUUAAAUUGUGCGCCCAAGCAGCUCCAGCGGGGUUUAAUGGCUUUAACUGGAGACCUCGGCUUUUGCCUGCUCCGACUUCUGUUCGUUUCUGCUCCGUGUGCUGUGUUCUGUGGGUUCUCAGGCGGCGGCGCUGGAUAAAUGUCAUAGCGGCGGAUGCACUGAGCACAUUUAUCAUUAAUCAAAGAGCCAUCGGUGACUUCGAAUAUGCGGAAACUAUUGGCAUCUAGCUGUAGUACUUGCUGUAUUCUCCACACCAUCACCUGGUGGUCGAUCAUUUCCGCCGACGAGUUCCUUUAUUUUCCUUUAUUUUGACACUGGGCCCAGCAACGGCAAUUACUUGUAGCAUUCGAAAACCUCCUUCCUCUGCCACCCCUGAUUUAUGAGUUUUUAAUGAGCGGCAACUUUACACGAAUUGUUAACAAGUUGGAGUCGGUGGAGUAAGGCGAAAAUAUCGCAAGUAAAGCGAGCAAUCGCACCUUGACAUUCGAGUCGUGCGAAAUGUCAGAUGAAGAUGCACCAAUGAUACGGUCAAUGGGCGUUGGAAUGCUCGAUACCCUAACUGCGGCCAAAUUAUGCCGAGUCAUGAGUGCACUUGGAAAAGAAAACUAAUUUUUAAUUGCGAUAAUUGUGGUAAGCAAUCAAAAAGUUACAGUCGAUGUAUUUAAGACAGGGUUGAAUUUGAAUUUGAAUAAUUUGAAACUCUUAUCGAAAUACACCGAUAAAGAUCUUAAUUAGGUGUGUAAACACUGUCCUGCCACGUUUCAAUAAAGCUAAUUAGUUACAAACGAAAAAUAAACCAAAAAUAAUGGCCGAGUAUUCUGUGGAACGCAUAGAGGAUAAAAGGAUUGAGAAUGGCAAGACGGAAUACUACCUGAAAUGGAAGGGAUAUCCGCGCACUGCGAACACUUGGGAGUCCGUGGAGGAUCUUCAGUGUCCGGACUUGAUUGCCAGCUUUGAGAAGUCGCUGAUAAAGAACAAAAAGGAGUCCAUGCAGCGUCUAUCCUCCGCAUUGGACUCACAUGGCUCCGCUGGCAGCAAACGCCAGAAAUUGCAGGAGGAGGACGACGAAAAUCGAACAGGCUUUAAGCACGGCCUGCAGCCCUCGAAGAUCCUGGGCGCCACCAACUCGUCCGGUCAACUGAUGUUCCUGAUGAAGUGGGUGGGCACUGAACACGCGGAUCUAGUGCUAGCCAAGCAGGCCAACGUAAUCUGUCCCCAGGUCGUCAUCAAGUUCUACGAGGAGAACCUCUUCUUGUACAGGUGUGCCGAGGAAUUGAAAGAUAAAAACUAAUGCGAUAUCAAAAGUGUAAACGCACAACAUUAAAUAUAAAAUGCAAAAUCAUUGUGGUUCUUAAAUUUUGUGUUCCACUUCCAAUGUUUCACUGUGAACUCAAAGCUAUCGAUAAGUGACAGCGUUUAUCAGCGCUAUUCCAUAUUCUGCUUUAAAUUUUCCACAUUUUCUGGUUUCUUUUACUUCUGCUGACUGUUCAGCAAC